AUGAAAAAUCAAUUAAAAACAAUUGAAAUAAAAUUCAAUUCAAGAAGUGUUGGAGAAACAAUGAAAAUGAAAAUCCAAAAAAAAAAACGUAAUGAUGGAGAUGUAAAAUAUCCGCCUUUACUUAUUGAAUUAAAAAAUUUGCCAAGAUGCAGAAUAUUAGUAGUGGGAGAUGUAAAAACAGGUGCUUUAGCUGCGCCUAAAGCUACUGCAACGGCUCAAAAAACUGAAGUGAAAAACUUCAAGAAAUUGAACAAUUGA